AUGGACCCGUUUUCGAUUGUCAGGAACAACCUGCCCUCGCUCCCCCUCCUCCAGCGACGGUCCAGCAGUGCUGUCGUCAAUGUAGUCGUCCAAUCCAGUCCCACCCGUAAGCACGCUGGUGCCCAACCUGCACAGCCACCCAAUCCACCCCAUGCACCGACCACCCCCACCCCCACCAGUAUCACGACAAAACCCAUUGCUGCCAACCCCGUGGUUGUCACCAAACCACGCAGCAACCCUCAGGCGAUCCUGCCAGAGCUGGAGAAGAACGACGAGGAUAUGUACCGUCGCUUCGCCAGCCGCCAAGCUGACGACGCGGAUGAUUCUGAGGAAGAGGAGGAGGAAGAGGAAGAAGACUCCAACAGCGACUCUGAUCAAGUCAGUAUCCACACCCUUCUCCUUGAUCCAGUCAACCCUGCCACUCCUACCUCUGCCACUUUCACUCCCACAGGCCACAGCACUUCAAGUCGCAAGGCCCUUUUUCGGCACUCGUCUUUCCACACUGUCCAGGCCAGCGCUAUUGCAGCCGAUGCUAUGCCACCAAGGGCGUCCAUGGAUAGUUACCUGGACCGCGCUCGCGUCAUCAAGCCCUCUCCUGCAGACACUGUCCAGGCCACAACCAUGGUUAGUCGUCCACGUCCCCCCCACCUGCGUCACAUCCGCUCUUCCUCCACCCCUGCCUUUGUUGCACUUUCCUCGCCCCUUUUGAACCCCUCUCUUCCAGCAUCCGAGGAUGUCUCUGCCUCGGCCUCAGUCCUCAAUAUACCCGCCGUUACAUCCGAGCCUGACCAGAAGCAAGAGCAUGCGGAGGUACAGCAGAAGAAGCAUGAGCACGUCGAUAGCUCGAAGGCCUCUCAGCCUCAAGCCUUACUUCCUGGGUCUCGCACUUCGGCCUCGGCCAACGAUCUGGCCAUUGCUGCUGCUUUCGCUUUUGUCGAGGCACGCGCUGAGGCGGCUAGGGCAGCGAUGAUGACUCCGCCCAUGACUCCCAAACUCACCGCAACACCUGUCGCACCAUCUACCACGUCCUUCGCAUCUGCGCCAACACCUGUGCCUGAAGAACCAAAGCCUGCACCUAUUAUUACACCAGUUGCUGCAGCACCAUCACCGCCACCCAGCAUCCUCACGCCUACAUCGACCCCUUCCCCCACAUCGAUUGUACCAGCUCCUUCAUCAACCACGACUCUACCACCCACGACCUCUUCGUUCCUUUCUUCAUGGCAUGGACGCUCUCGAUCCAUGAUCUCAACUAUCCCUCGUCCCUCACCCCUGAUGUCCUUUCGCGCUGCGCGCUCAGUCGUCAGCUCUGUGACCUCGGUUGGCACGGGCCUGUUGCCAUCGAAAGAACAAUUGGGUGCCAUCCCCGUUGCGGGUAGGAUCUUGAAUCACCCAGUGAUGGACUCGACCCUAUCCUACAUUGCGACGAAGGCCUCGGAGAGAGGCAUUUCCUUGGCGGCAUUGACAGGCCAUGACCCGAAGAAGAUGAUCUUGCCGGAAGAUGUGCCCUACAGGCAAUUGAAUAAGAAGAUGAUCCAGCAAGCGAUGACGCUCUCGGUUCUUGCGGUCCAAAAGGAGGAGCAGUCCAAGAUGAUUGACGAUGAGGCAGCGGAUGAUGCCUUCGAGCUGUACCUGAUGGCGGUUAACUCACUCUUGCAUGCCUUGCCUUUCGAGACAUGCGAUCCCUUGCGUCGCGAGGCAUUCGAAACCCAGGUUCGGGACUUCUUGGAAGACCAGCUCGAGCGAAAGCCGGAGGGCUAUCUCAGCGAUGACGACGACACCAUCAAGAGGCAGCGUCGCCGUCGUAGAAGACGCCAUCGACACGUUCACGAGCAGGCCGCAACGCUGAUCCAGCAACAUACUGCAGCCAUGGCCGAUCCCCAGGCCCAGAACCCUCAGCCUCGCCAGCAUACGCAGCAGCAGCGGAAGCAAAGACGGGAGCAGUAUGCGAAACAGCAACAGGCCUUGAAGAAGCAGCAGUUGCAGUUGCAACAGCAGCAGGAGAAGGAGGCCAAAUUGCGCAAGCAGCAGGAGAAGCGUGCAGGGUCGGCGCCACCGUCGCCGGCCUUGUCAGCUACCUCAACCAAGUCGACUAAGCUUGCACCUCCUCAGCAUCAACAUCACCAUCACCACCAUGGGUCGUUUUCUCGUCGUCGUCAUCGCUCUCAUCGCGACGUCAAUGCUACUGUUCCUGAGAAUGGGGCCGUCUGCCCAGCCGGUGGGCCCAAUGCUAACGUGUCUGGAGGUAUUGGCGACACGAUUAUCUCGACGGCGGUGCACUCUGCGAUCCGACUGAAGCAGUCCCCGAUCCCCGACGUUGUCAAAUCAUGUCUACGGACGUCAAAGACGAUUUUUCAUAAGGUCGACGAGCGGUUCCAUCUACAGGACAAGGCAUGGGAACUGUCGAAGCAGUCGAUCGAGAAGGCCAUCGAGCUCGAUGAACAGUAUGCGAUCCACGAGGUCGUGACCGAGACCGUGUUUGCGACAAUCACGGGCUUGGUCAGGGCCGGUAUUGCGUACAAGGAGAGUCCAAGCUAUACGGCGGUGAAGGCUGCAACUGCCGCGGCGACUGUGUCUGGUAGCGACGUUGCGGCCCUUGAGGCUGCGGAACGGUCGCACAACCCACAGGAGAUCAAGCACCCGAAGAAGAAGGGGCAUGGAAAGCCCAUAGCCCCGGCGAAGGACGGGAAGCCAGCGAUGACGACGACGAAGACCAUGAAGGGUAGGAAGGCGCUCCCGACUGUCGUAGAGAGUAAUACUGACUCGAGCUCAGGUGCGGAUUCGGAGGACAGCGACUUCGAUUCAGGCGAGUCGGACUCGGAGGCGACGGUUGCUCCAUCCAUCUCUUCGUCGUCGUCAACGAUUUCGUGUGCAUCAUCCGAGGGUGAAGACGAUACUACAGAGGAGCGAGAUGAGGAGCUGAUUGAGUUGAACCAGCAGACGUUGCGCUCUGUGAAAACGAAGGGCGGAUAUGGCUCGGACUCGAGGAAGACGUCGUUUUCGGCGGCGGCAGCGCCAUAUGCAGGUCAGAUGCGCGAAAAGAUCGACAUGUUCAUGGCACUCAAGGGAGCGGCCUCUUUGAUUGUCGGCAAUUUGUGA